AUGGUUCUCAAAAUGAACCCAACAAUAUCUGUUUUGGUGUUUCUACUAGUGGGAGGAUUCUGCAUUAACUGUGGAGAGCUCUGGUGCUACGACAAACCAGAUUGUGAUCCCAACACAUGGGCAUCCCUUGGUUACUGUGGUGGCAAGAAACAAUCUCCCAUCAACAUUGUUACCAGGAAAGCCCUGUCGGAUUCCAGCCUGGGCCAUAUUCGAUUUCUUGGAUAUGAAGACCGAAUGAAGCCAAAGGUCCUUAAGAACACAGGGCACUACCCUGACAUUAGGAUGGCGAGUGGAGCCAGCAUUUCUAGUCCUGGCCUACCAGGAACAUAUGCCCUGAAAUCCUUCCACUUCCACUGGGGAACAUACAUGUAUCCAGGCUCAGAACAUGCGAUCGACGGCUUGCAGUACCCCAUGGAGCUCCACAUUGUUCACACCAAAAACAACAUGAGUGAAGAAGAAGCGAAAAAGGAUCCCGAAGGGUUUGCUGUCCUGGGUUUCUUCCUAAAGAAGUCCAGCAAAGCUCCUAUUGUCAGUGCAUGGAAGACCCUGGGCAAGUUUUUGGAAAGGAUCCCAGAGAAAGGGAAUUCUGUGAAUCUGCACGGGGAAUUCUCCCUAGGAGCUUUAUUGAACACAGUAGACACAAAAACCUAUUACCGCUACCACGGCUCUCUCACGACCCCUGACUGCAACGAAGCUGUAAUCUGGACCAUCUUUCCUGAGCCCAUUGAGAUCCAUCACACAGUGUUCAAGAGAUUCACCAAGUCGAUGUAUUUCACCAACAAAAAAGAAAAGAGGCCAAUGCAGAAUAACUACCGUCCUCUUCAGUUUCUGAAUAAUCGAAAGGUUCUUCGCUUCACAGAAAAGUAACCUCCGUGUAAUCUGGACCACUGCUUUUGCCAAAAUUACUUCUGAAGAAUGUGUGUACACACAUGUACUGUGGGUGC